GUGUCGCGGUGGCUGAUGGGACGUUCCUCCAUGUUUACCGAACUACCGGGCCGGUGUCUCCGUUAGACCGGUUUCUCGCGGGUUCCGGAGCGGGUUCCUUCGUCUCUUCAGACAUGAGUAAACUGUCGUUCCGGGCUCGUGCGCUGGACGCCGCGAGGCCGCUGCCGGUGUACAGGCGGGCGGAGCUGCCACAGCUGACGGACUGCGGCUUCAUCAGCCGCGCGGUGCCGCAGAUGCCGAGCGGGAUGGACAAGGACGAGGAGCUGGAGCAUCAUCUCCAGAGGGCGAUGUCAGCUCAACAGGUUUUCAGAGAAAGGAAGGAGAAUAUGGUGAUUCCUGUUCCAGAAGCUGAAAGUAACAGCACAUAUUAUGACCGUCUGUACAAAGGACAAGUCAAAGUUCCCAAACAGCUGAUCCACGUCCAGCCUCUGAGUCUGGAUCUGGAACAACCGGAUUACGACAUGGACUCUGAGGACGAGACUCUGCUCAACAGGCUGAACCGCAAGAUGGACAUGAAACCCCUGCAGUUUGAGAUCAUGGUGGACCGACUGGAGAAGGCCAGCACACACCAGGAGGUGUCCCUGGCCGAGGCCAAGCGUCUGCUGAAUGAAGACGACUACCUGCUGAAGUCUGUGUACGACUACUGGCUGAGGAAGAGGAGGAACCGGUGUCUGAUCUUUCAGGUCAAACAGGAGAACAGAGACGGAUCCACCAACCACCACGCCUACGUGGCCUUCAGACGCAGAACUGAGAAGAUGACCACCCGAAAGAACCGUAAAAAUGACGAGGCGUCGUACGAGAAGAUGCUACGUCUGAGGAGAGAAUUCAGUCGGACGGUCACCAUCUUGGAAAUGAUCAAGAAACGAGAGAAGUCCAAAAGGGAACUGUUGCACCUAACGCUGGAGGUGGUGGAGAAGAGGUAUCAGCUCAGUGAUUUUAAUGGGGAUGUCCUGAAAACGGUGGCCCUGCCCCUGGAGGAGAAGGCAGUGUACUGCGCUCCUGUUAACGUGAACAACAGCAGCCGACAUAAAACCAACGUCAAAGCCAAGAUGCAGAAGAAUCAGGUCUCCAUGAGAGAAGAGCUGACCUUUGACCCCACCAGACCAAAGAACAGAUGCACCAAAUGGGAGCGCUUGUUUCCUCCACAGAGAUUUCCAGGUCGUCUCCCCAGAGCUGAGAGCAUUUACCGAGCUGACGUCAACCAGUAUGACUUCCACAGCUCCGGAGAAGACGAGGGAAACUCCACCAUGGUGGCUCAGACUCCUCCUACCUCUGACGAUGAGAACUACCCUGAUGGAGUUUUUAUCUUCAGGAGAACAGAUGGCUGCCUGUAUCUGUCUCCUCGUUGGGAUGGUGGGCAUGUAGACAUCCAACCACUGCAUGAGCGUCACUUCCUGACCAAGCUCUCUCUUUCUCCUGAUUGGAUGGGACUGAGCCGCCGCCGGACGGGCCGAGGCGGCAGGAUUCUUCUGGACCGGGCUUCCUGCAGUCUGGAUUCAUUGCUGAACCAGCUGGACACAUAUCCUGGCUCAUGGACCAGAUCCAGGACUGUGUAUCCAAAUGAACCAGUAGACUUAGACCAGAAGCUCCUUAUGAACUCUAGCAGCAUCCCCUCGCUGAGUCAAGCCCUGAAAAACAUCCAGACCCUGAGGCGGUGCUGCUUCAGACCCAGACCAAUUCAGAAUCAGAGAAUCACUGACAGCAGGACUGCAGGACCCUCUGUGGAGGACAGGAGGUUCCUGGACACACCUGGAUCAGCAGGGGGCAUCACAGAGGAGCAGUACUACAGCCACCAGCAACAACUGAUGAAGAUGAAGAAACAACAGCUGGAACAGCUGCAGUACAAUGAAGCUAUGUCCAGAGCAACAGCACCGCUCGACCAUCAGAGAAACCAGUCCCACAGGUCCCCUGAGUCCACGUCUCGUACUCUGGACUCGGUCAGUGCUCACUUUGCGGCCUCGGCUGUGGUCAGUACUUCACCUUCAGCACAGGAUGCCCUGAGACCCCCUAAGACCACUGGAGUCCCAAACUGUCCAGGUGCCUCCAGGUCUUCAUACUCCACCUCCUCAUCUGUCAGUGGUGUGGGACUUUUAUCCAUCCCCAAACAGCAGAGUCAGGUGGGGGCCGUGUACCCCACCCACCACCACAACAUCCGGCCUUCAGCCCCCCCGCCAUCUGCCUUAAAACUGGCCACUUUGGCUGCCAAAGUCAUACCUGUCAGUGGCCUGCCCAGAGAUAUUGACGAACCUGAUCGACAACUGAAUGGACUCUCAGAGAACACACAACCCAUGGAGGUCACAUAACACCAACUCCCAUCAGCACUAGCUCCUUGGCCAUAAAUUCGAACAUAUAGAUGCUGUGUCAAAUGGACCGUACAUCAGCGCUGCCGUUGUUUUGGACCUGGAUUAAAUACAUGUUUUCAUCUCUAACCAUGUAACUGCACCAUGUUUUCAGCCAUGUUUAUGUCCAAACUUUUCCUCUGUCCUCAUGUUAAACUCAGUCACAUUUUAAACACAGGUUACAGUAUGUAAAAACAGUAUGUAUGUUGGGCACUGAGCUUUCACGAGACGGUAGAACAAUGUAAAAAUGAAGCAAACCUGGUUGUCAUUUUGCUCUUUUGUGGUGAUGAACUCCGGGCUGAGCCUGGAUGGGUGGACCUAACCCUAACCCUGCCCACCUGUCAUCAGUGACCUCGCAACAGAUUCCGAUGUCCUCAAAUUCUCUAAACUCCUUUCUCUGUCCUCAGCUCAAAUGAGUCUCCUCGAGAGGGGAUUGUCUUUUGUCCCACAUCCCACCAAAUUUGUCUCAGAGGAACUUCAAGGGGACAUACACAAAUAUCACCUCCAACUCAAACUUUCUAAUAAUUUCCAGCCCCAAUUGGAUUCCUUACACAUACCAUUUCCAAAACCAUCCACAUGAGAACCCCUCUUUACACAGAUAUAAAAACCCACACAAAAAUUAAUCAAAUUAGACAGAUGGGCCCUGUGGACAUACAACAUCCCAGAUAAUCUGUCGAGGGACGAACGCAGGGCCCUCACCCAAUUGGUCCAAAAUCCAAACAUUGUAAUAAAACCAGCAGACAAGGGCUCCAAGGUAGUCAUCAUGGACAGACAAGACCUCAUAGAAGCCAAUAGAGAACUUUCUGAUAAGUAAUAUUAUAAACCUGUAACACAAACUAUUCAACACAACACCCAAUUACAACUGUGGACCAUCAUCCAAACUCUUCACCAUGAAAAAAUACAUCACAGCUAAACAACAUGACUACCUCUUCGGCUCAGAUCAACCCCAUCCUAGACAAUUUUACCUCCUCACAAAAAUUCA